AGUUCAGUUAGUAAUAAACCUUCGUUUGAUCAAGUUCUGUUAUUUUCUGUUAAAACAUUUUUUUUGUAAGUGAAUAUUUUCAGUUUUAAAAAAUGAAUUUUCGAAAAUUUAGCAACAAUUUUUGCUCACUUGUUACUUUAGUACGAAACAAUGUAUAUCCUGCACAUCCACAAUAUACUACAUUUUCAUCAAGAUUGAAAACAUUCAAUUUAUUUCCACUAACUUCAUCUCAAGAUAAAUACUCAUUAGCUGAAUGCGGUUUUAUAUAUUCAGGAAAAAAAGAUAUCGUUGAAUGUUUUUGCUGUGGACUUAUCUUACAUAAUUGGGAAAAAGAUGAUAAUCCAUGGAUCGAACACUCAAGAUGGAAUCCGAAAUGUAUAUAUGUUCUAUUAUCAAAAGGAAAUCAGUUUAUUGAAAAUGUGAUAAAAAAAUACGAAAAUUAUUGUUGUUCAAAAAGUGUUCACCAUUGGUAGAACUCAUCAACAUAUAAUAUGAAUCCAUCACUCGUUGUAUCAAAAUCAG